AUGCCGUUCUUCUUCCUGGUGGUGCUGAUCCUUGGGCUUUUCCUCAACCUGUUCUCCCUCUGGGUCUUCUUCCACCGCCUGCGGCGCUGGACCCGCAGCACGGUGUUCCUCUUCAACCUGACCCUGGCUGACACCUCGUGGCUGCUGGCUUUGCCUUACCUCAUCACCUUCCACAUGGACCAGCUCUACUGGAAGCUGGGGCUGCCGGUUUGCAUAGUUGUGAGGAUGCUUUACCACAACUACUUCUACCUCAGCAUCUUCUUCGUCACCUGCAUCAGUGUGGACCGAUACCUGGCCAUCGUGCACCCGCUGCGCUCUCUGGUGCUGCUGGGCAGGAGGCAGACCUGCCUGCUGUGUGUGGGGGUCUGGGUGGCCACUCUGGUCCUCAGCAUACCUAUUGUCCAUAUGACUCUGAUCCAGAGUUGCCCUGGGAGCAACCGCACCGUGUGCUCCCUGUACAUACUCCUAAGUAACACCAGGGAAAGCCUCCCCUAUUCCCUCUUCUGCUCCAUCGUCGGCUUCCUCUUCCCGCUGCUCUCCAUCUGCUACUGCGGCCUGCGCAGCGUCAGAGAGCUGCGCCACCGCACCUGCCGCCCCGACCCGCUCAACAAGCAGCGGCGGCUCAGGCGGGUGCUGAGCACAGCGCUGGUUUUCUUUGCCCUGUUUUACCUGCCCUACCACCUGAGCCGCAACGCGGCCAUCGUGAUGCGGGCAGUGUAUCCUUCCAACCCCGCCUCCUGGCGUAACAUAGACCUGGCCUUCGCCCUGGAGAUGUGCUUCUGCAGCCUCAUCACCUGCGUGAACCCUCUGUUCAGCUGCUUCAUGGGCCGCCAGUUCAGGGAGGAGUUCCACGGCACAUUCGCUGUCAUGUUCUCCCAGUGUCCCCGCACGCAGGUGGCCUCAAUGAUAUCCAAGAGGACCCGGAUGACGGUGAGGCCGCGGAUGUCUACUGUCACACCUGUGUGCGCACUGCCUGCACAUGGAUCCAAUGAGCUGUAG